AUGACUUCUGUCAUUACAACUGUCAUCGCUAUAUUGGCGGUAAAUGUAUCGUUCGUCUACGGCUGGGGCUAUCGCGCCUCCGAUCAGCGUCGAUGGGCAGUCCUUCAUCCGGCGUGUGGUGGUAGACAACAGUCUCCCAUCUCCAUUUCUGCGAGACAGGCCAUACCUAUCUCUAUACCCGCUAUGGAACUGAUCGGAUAUCAGAACCCUUUGCCCGGACCUCUCACUAUCACUAAUAAUGGGCAUUCAGUUGCACUAACUAUCCCAAAAUAUUCAACUGAGGAAGAGAAAAAAGGGUUCCGUCUGCCAUACAUUUUUGGGGGUCCGUUAGACAAUGAGUAUGAGAUCGAAGGGUUACACUUCCAUUGGGGGGAUAAGAACAACCGUGGCUCUGAACAUACUCUGAAUGACAUGAGACUGCCUUUAGAAAUGCACAUCAUUCACAGAAACAAGAAAUAUAGAAGCUUGGCCGAAGCUCUUCAACAUCCCGAUGGUCUUUGCGUGCUCGCUUUCUUCUAUCAGGUAGUGGAAUUCGACGCUAAACUCCUCACACCACUGAUCAAGAACCUGUCAGCCAUUGAGAACUACAACACAACCAUGCAACUGCCCCAUACAUUCUCCCUCUCUUCCAUUCUCUCCGGUCUCGACGCUGAGCGCUUCUAUACAUACAAAGGCUCUCUGACAACGCCUCCCUGUGCUGAAGCCGUCACGUGGGUGGUGUUCUCAGAUUACUUACCUAUUUCUGUAUUCCAGAUGGACAAUUUCCGCGGUCUUCUCUCGAACUUGAACCUACCACUCGUUGACAACUUCAGACAGCUACAACCAUUAUUCGGACGUCGUAUUUUCGUCCGAAUCACGUCUAAAAACCCUAAAUUCAAGAAAAGCAAACUUCAUUACUCCAAAUGGGAUUGGGUCGGUCACAAGAAGACCGAAAAUGACAUCGCUGAAUUCGAUGAC